GUCAAAGAUGAGUUCAAAGAUAUCUCCAUGUACUUCUCCAAAGAAGAAUGGGCAGAGAUGGGAGAGUGGGAGAAAAUUCGCUAUAGGAACGUGAAAAGGAACUAUAAAAUGCUGAUUUCUAUAGGUCUCAGAGCCCCUAGACCAGCUUUCAUGUGUUACCAAAGGCAACGAAUCAAGCCCCAGAUAGAUGACAGUGAAGAUUCUGAUGAAGAAUGGACACCUAAGCAGCAAGGUAGUCCUUCUUGGGUGCCCUUCCGAGUGAAGCAUAAUAAACAGCAGAAGGGAGCGCCUAGAAUGCCAUUAAAUAAUGAAUCUAAUGUGAAAGAAGUGUCUGGAAUAGAAAAUUUGCUGAAUACAAGUGGCUCAGAACACCCCCAGAAACCAGUGUCCUCUCCUGGAGAAGGAAAUACCUCUGGACAGUACUCUGAACAAAAACCAAAACUCAGGAAAAAGAAUGUUGAAGUGAAGAUGUACAGUCUGCGAGAGAGAAAGGGCCUUGCAUAUAAAGAGGUCAGCGAGCCCCAGGAUGAUGACUAUCUCUAUUGUGAGAAGUGCCAGAAUUUCUUUAUCAACAGUUGUCCCAACCAUGGGCCUCCAAUAUUCGUGAAAGACAGUAUGGUAGAAAGAGGGCAUCCCAACCACUCAGUACUCAGUCUGCCCCAUGGGCUGAGAAUUGGUUCAUCAGGCAUCCCUGAGGCUGGACUUGGAGUAUGGAAUGAAGCCUCUGACUUGCCAGUCGGUCUGCACUUUGGUCCCUAUCAAGGCCAGAUCACAGAGGAUGAAGAGGCAGCCAACAGUGGAUACUCCUGGCUGAUCACCAAGGGGAGAAACUGCUAUGAGUAUGUCAAUGGGCAGGAUGAGUCCCAAGCCAACUGGAUGCGGUAUGUGAACUGUGCCAGGGAUGAUGAGGAGCAGAACCUGGUGGCCUUUCAGUAUCACAGACAGAUAUUCUAUCGAACCUGCCGGGUCAUCAGACCAGGUUGUGAGCUUCUCGUCUGGUAUGGGGAUGAGUAUGGCCAGGAACUGGGCAUUCAGUGGGGAAGCAAGAGGAAGAAUGGAUUCACAACAGGAAAAGAAUUAAGGACAGAGAUCCAUCCUUGUCUUUUGUGCUCUUUGGCCUUCUCAAAUCCAAAAUUCCUCAGUCUACAUAUGCAAUGGAAUCAUCGAACUAAAAUCUUCUCAAGAGCAUCUUCAAGGAUAAACUCCAAACCAGGGGAUCCCCACCCAGAUCAACUUCAGGAACAGCAACAUUUGGAUUCACACAACAAAAAUGACAAGGCCAGAAGUCAAGAGGACAAAGGAAAGUCCAAACCCAUGCAUAAAUGGGCAAGAGAGAAGAUUUCAACAGCCUUUCCCAGCACAUUCAAUGGACAAAUUAGAUCUGAGGAAAGUAAGAAAACUAUGGAAGAAGAGCUCAGAACAGGCCAGAAAACAAAUAUAGAGGACACAGUCAAAUCAUUUGUUGGAUCAGAAAUCUCAAGAAUUGAAAGACAAUGUGGGCAAUGUUUCAGUGAUGAGUCAAAUGUCAAUGAAAGCCAGAGGACACACUCAGAGGAGAAGCCCUAUGUUUGCAGGGAGUGUGGGCAGGGCUUUACAUGGAAGUCAGUCCUCAUCAGGCACCAGAGGACACACACAGGGGAGAAGCCCUAUGUUUGCAGGGAGUGUGGGCAGGGCUUUACACAGAAGUCAGUCCUCAUCUGUCACCAGAGGACACACACAGGGGAGAAGCCCUAUGUUUGCAGGGAGUGUGGGCAGGGCUUUACAUGGAAGUCAGUCCUCAUCAGGCACCAGAGGACACACACAGGGGAGAAGCCCUAUGUUUGCAGGGAGUGUGGGCAGGGCUUUACACAGAAGUCAGUCCUCAUCUGUCACCAGAGGACACACACAGGGGAGAAGCCCUAUGUUUGCAGGGAGUGUGGGCAGGGCUUUACAUGGAAGUCAGUCCUCAUCAGGCACCAGAGGACACACACAGGGGAGAAGCCCUAUGUUUGCAGGGAGUGUGGGCAGGGCUUUACACAGAAGUCACACCUCAUCUGUCACCAGAGGACACACACAGGGGAGAAGCCCUAUGUUUGCAGGGAGUGUGGGCAGGGCUUUACACAGAAGUCAGUCCUCAUCUGUCACCAGAGGACACACACAGGGGAGAAGCCCUAUGUUUGCAGGGAGUGUGGGCAGGGCUUUACACAGAAGUCACACCUCAUCUGUCACCAGAGGACACACACAGGGGAGAAGCCCUAUGUUUGCAGGGAGUGUGGGCAGGGCUUUACACGGAAGUCAGUCCUCAUCUGUCACCAGAGGACACACACAGGGGAGAAGCCCUAUGUUUGCAGGGAGUGUGGGCAGGGCUUUACAUGGAAGUCAGUCCUCAUCUGUCACCAGAGGACACACACAGGGGAGAAGCCCUAUGUUUGCAGGGAGUGUGGGCAGGGCUUUACACAGAAGUCACACCUCAUCUGUCACCAGAGGACACACACAGGGGAGAAGCCCUAUGUUUGCAGGGAGUGUGGGCAGGGCUUUACAUGGAAGUCAGUCCUCAUCUGUCACCAGAGGACACACACAGGGGAGAAGCCCUAUGUUUGCAGGGAGUGUGGGCAGGGCUUUACACGGAAGUCACACCUCAUCAGGCACCAGAGGACACACACAGGGGAGAAGCCCUAUGUUUUCAAGAAGGAUGAGAAAGCCCAUAGCAACAAAACCACACCUCAAUAAUCACAGGAAG